GCCGUCAAUUGACGAGUCUUAAUCACGUCGGUGCAUUGCACACACAUACUGUAUACACUCUCUACCGUGCAGCAAAAGAAAGUACACAAACUUGGGUUUGCAAAACAAGAUACUACGACGUAGUUUUACAAGAUCAACGACGAUAGGCAAAAACUCAGCUGACUUCCCGACUGAUGCAUCGGCGAACUGCACCCAAAUCAACACUGCAUUACUGGCAUUCGCCUUGUGCCGACAGUCGAAACCCAAAAUCUUGAUCACGAUUCACGAUACUUAUUACUUUUUUCCCUAAUCAGCCUGUGCUAUCUGCGCUUUGUACUCUGGAAUAGUUCUACUCAUUCCAGCCUGGAGCUUGACUAUUGUCACCUUCGGCAUCAAAACUCUGUAUGGAUGACCGAUCCCUAUAAAAUGACCAUGGACGAUUUUCAUCCUUUUAUCGAUGCUCUCCUGCCGCUGGUGAAGUCUUUCGCCUACACAUGGUUCAAUCUGCAGGCUGCUAAACGGCGGUACUGCAAGAAGCAUGAGAAGCGGAUGACACUGGAAGAAGAGCAGCGGUGCAAGGAAGAUUUCCAGAACGAGAAACCGGAGGUUAAACAGAAAUGGGCUUCCCGACUGCUGGGCAAAUUAAGGAAGGACAUUAUGCAGGAUUACCGUGAAGAUUUCGUGCUCAGUGUGACGGGCAAGCGCACGCCGACAUGCAUUCUGAGCAAUCCGGACCAAAAGGGGAAGAUGAGAAGGAUCGACUGCUUGCGUCAGGCGGAUAAGGUCUGGCGACUGGAUUUGGUGAUGGUGAUUCUCUUCCGCGCCGUACCACUUGAGAGCACAGAUUCCGAAAGGUUGGAAAGGUCACUCGAUUGUGUCAAUCCAGCCCUGUGUGUCAACCCGCAUCACAUCAACGUUACCGUCAGGGAACUGGAUCUUUAUUUGGCCAAUUUCGUGUUUUACAAAUCAUCUUUAGAUCUGAAUCGUAUGCGCCAAAGUGAUUCUGAGCUGUCCGGAGAGGAAGGCGACAAUGGUCAUCACGGACAGUCAUCGGGACUUCCAUUUGCCGAUUCCGUCCGCAUUAACGGUGUCUUCACAGCUCAAGAGUUAUCAGCGUUAACCAAAACACCUAUCUGCACCGAUGAACCUAAUUCCGAACGCGACAAUUUGCACCUGGAACAGACAGCCGCAGCCUGUAAAUAUGGUGCACAGUACACAGUGUCGGUGCCGCCGUCCCGGCAGUCAUCGUAUCACUCCCAAUUGAAACGAGCUUCAUCCAAUUCCGAAGCGCUGACCGGUAGCAGUCGGGAGGAUCGUUACAGUCCCCAGGUGGCACGCUUUAAUAAGCGUCGUCGCCAGUCAGAAAAUGACCAUCACCACCAUCAUCACCGGAUGAGUAGUCCGGUGUCUCUGGGAUAUUACACCCAGUCAGUUAGCUCGCCGACGUCCAGUAUGCGCGGCAGUAAUGGCAGUAUUCAGACGGGAUGGAAUGAUCCGGAGCAAAUUAAGAUAAAGGAGGAAGCGUCAAUUUCUCCUACCGAGAGCUUGAUGAAUUCACCGCCUCAGUCAGCGGAUAUGCGACACAUGGCUGGACAAGUGUUUUAUCUGCCACAUAAAUAUCAAGAAGGCAGUGACGCUUUGUCUGACUUUGCCAAUUUGGCGGUGGCACGUGAAGCGGAAAGCGGCGGUGAUGUGCAGCAGCAUUCCCCCGAUUCCAGUAGUUCCAGCCGAUUGGGCAUGAAACUGUCUCAACAAAUGUAUGGAACGGCAUCGCUGGCAUACGUAGCAUCCAGUACACGAGGCGGCCGGAAUGGGCACAUUGACAUUUCGGACACGGAGUCAAUGGUGUCGGCCGGUCAGCCGGAAGAGAAUCCGUCUUCCACGGCCGAAAUUGCCGGCCAUCCUCUCUUUGGAUUAAGUUUCGACCCGAGUUGCCUCGGCCGGUCGGUGAUGGGGAGCCACCCACCUUAUGCUUUUGUUCAUACGAGAUCGGACCAGUCGUUUGCCCAGUUCCCACCGACCCCGUAUCUCCCGUUUACCGGUGUUAAUUCCACUCUGCCGACGAUGAGUGGCAUGAUGUCGCCAACCGGUAUUUUUGCGUCUCCUGUUAAUACUCCGCGUGGCACACCACGCAGCACACCGGUGUCUCGAUGGAAUGGUCAGCAGAUUCUGGAAGAUGAUUAUGGCUUCAUUAAUUCGGCUUUGCAUAUGAAUAUGAUGGCGGGAAGUGCGCCAUCCGAAGAAGUCGCCUUAGCUUACGCAACGGCGCAGGAUGUUUCUGAUACGCAAAGGGCCUUCUUUGCGGCCUCUGCCCACGAUUCUAUUGGAAAUUCUGGAAGUGAUCAGAGCACAUCGCCCUAGUCUGGCGAGCAGAGGCCGUUAGCCCGUAAAAACACUUAAGCAAUACCAAAGUCAAAAAGAAAGCCUCCCGGAUUUAUGAAACAGUUUUAUGGAUGAUACCAAAUUACAGCAUGGUCGGAUGUGGACAGCAUGCGGAAAGACUCGUUUUGUUGUGUAUUAUCUAUCCUUUUUCGGUGCAGUUGUUUUUCAGAUUACAAAAACGAAAAUACUUGCGAGACCAGUUAGUGCCGCUUUUUGAACCGCAUUUUUUGCUCAUCAUAAUCUGCUAUAUUUGGUUGUCUUAACGCGGAAUCUUCAUGAAUUUAGUCGUAGAAUUUUUGUUUGUACAUUUUUUGGUUGCAGUUUAAUAGGAAUUUUUGGUUUUGUUCCAAGUUUAAUUUUGUGCAUGUAAGCGCGGAAAUCGGGAACUUUGACGGUGCGGCUCGAACUGCCCUUACAAGCUGCCUCUAAAGACGGCGUCUUCCAGGUGUACUAUGCAAUGGAAUCCCUCCAAGGAAGUGCUCCAAAAUGCUAGAGUAUGGGUGCCUUUAUUUUAUCGUUUGUGUGAGAUUGAAGAAGUUUAGUUUGGUAGUAGUUUCUUGGAUUACGUUUACGUGCUAUGAUGAUGAUAUUCAUUUUUAUCUUUUUACGUGUUAUACCUACUAAACUUCGUGCAGACUAUUCGUGAAUUGGUGAAAAAAAACAUAACUGCCGA